AUGUCAUACAAUCCGUAUGCCCAAGGCCCCUCGGCAGAGUCGGGAUAUGCCUAUGGCCAACCAGAGCAGCAUGAGAUGCAGCCAUACGGCCAGCAACCCUCUCACUACAUUUCUUCCUACGAUUCUCCGUAUUCUUCACAACCAGCGCAGCAACAACAAUAUGGUUCCAUGCUAGAUCCAGUCUCCUCCGCCGGCCGAUCCUCCUCUCAACCCCAACAACGGGCCGCAGCCGGUGAUUCCGUCCUCUCAACAACCGAGUUCCUCGCCCGCGUCGAGUCCGUCCGCAACGACAUCCGCAGCCUGACUGGCGCAAUCCAGCAGAUUGCCUCUUUGCACCAGCAAGCCCUGGCUAGCAGCGACACAACCGUUGCUACCGGCCCCCGAGCACAGCUCGACCAGCUGGUGGCCAACACACAGGUGCAGAAUACCUCCAUCCGCUCGCAGAUUCAGGCGCUCAAGUCGGAUGCCGAGCGCACGACGGACGGCAGUUUUGCGAUCAAGAAGCGCCAGUGGGAGAGCUUGAACAAUGAGUUCAAGGAGACGAUCCAGAAGUUUUUGCGGGAGGAGCAGCAGUAUAAGGAGAGGUAUCGCGAACAGAUUGCUAGGCAGUAUCGGAUUGUGAAUCCGGAGGCUACGGAGGAGGAGGUUCAGAGGGCUGUGGACGCUGAUUGGGAUGAUGAGGGUAUUUUCCAGCAGGCUCUACGCACCAACCGCCUAGGCCACGCCAACGCGGUCCUCGGCGCCGUUCGCGCCCGGCACAACGAUAUGGUCAAGAUCGAGCGGUCGAUCGAGGAACUCCUUGACCUUCUCCAGAUCCUAAACGAGCAGGUCCUGUUGCAGGGCCAGACUCUCGACCAGGUGGCCAUCAAGGCCGAGGAAGCAACCGAGCACCUAGGCCAGGCCAACGUGCAAAUCGAGAAGGGUGUGCAGCACGCGCGGCGCGCGCGCAAGCUCAAGUGGUGGUGCCUUGGCAUUGUGCUGCUGAUUUGCAUUGCUAUUGCGCUGGGUGUGGGAUUGGGUGUGGCGUUGACGAAGAAUGCUACUAGUUGA